UUUCAUUUUCCUUUUCGCUUGUGCAAUCUCGUUUCUUUGACAAUUAUAGUUUGAUCAAGAAUUUUUAUGUUACCUUUUGUAUAAAAAGCACUUAAACGCAGUAGCAAUAUACGUAAAACGCACUUUUUAUCAACAGCUCACGUUUUGAAGACGAGAAGGCUAAGCUUAAUUUAACAAAUUAUGUCUUUGAAGUUAUGGAACUUAACAUGGAAAUUACUACUGAAGCCUCACACUUGAAAGCUCAAAAGACCAAUGUCAACCAUAGCAUUGGUCAAGAGCAGCAACCACAAUCACAGGAACGGCAGGUACGCCGCCAACGUCGUCGUCCACGGCGACAGACACAACAACAGUCGCAACAGCAAAACAGCAGUAAGCCGCAACAACCCGCAAUUGAACAAAACGCUGAAGAUAACAAAGAAAAGAAAAAGAGUAGUGAUAGUAAGAAAAGAGAUCGUCGACGAAGGAAUCGUCGACGUCGACGUCAAGAGAAUGACUGUGGUCAAAAAGCAAAUGAUGAGCAAGCAGCCGUAGAAAAAAACCCUGAUAGCCCUGAGACUGAAGUUCAGCUUGAUUUUAGCUUAUCUGAAUUAUUGAGAGAGGCACAAGCUCUAGAAAAGCAAGUAGGAGAAUUGCAGAUUCAGUUAAAGAUAGAUUAUUCAAAUAUACCUGAUGACAAACAAAAAAGCCGAGUGGUUAACUCUAUUGCAGCAGAACAAAUGUUAGUAACUGAAGAUGAGAUUGCAUAUGUUCGACAAAGCUUAAAAAAGGUUUAUCGUAGAAUGAUCACUAUUGAUCCGCAAUAUGCUAUUCAAGCACGGAUUAACGAAAAACUUUGGCGGAACAUAAUUUACGUCGGUAUUGAGGAACUGCGUCAAAAGAUACGUACACUUGAUCCUAGCAAUUUUUCAUCUAACCAAAAGUUCAACGCAACACUCCAAAGAUUGCAACGGACUUUAUCUGAUCGUAUUGGAAAUGCUUUUGAGUUCUAUCACGAGCUAAACCAAUUCCUCUAUUCUACAUUUCAGAUAAAAGAUACAAAGUUAUUUGGCAUUGAUCUGAUGAGUUUGAGUUAUCAAAAUGAUGAAAGAGAGCAUUUAAAACGGGAGCAGCAACGGCAGAUGCGCGAAGGACGUUUUAGAGGAAGUAAAGAUAAGAUGAAAGGACAAGAAGAGUAUGAUGAGAAAGAGAGAUUAGGCCAAUUUUUACGAUCCAAUCAUGUUCGUAUGGGUGAUCUUGCACGGUAUCAUGCUCAACAAUAUCAACAACAACAACAGCCUAUCGCCAAACAAAAAAGUAAGGAAUAUUGGUCGCUUGCAAGAACUUGUUACCAAAAAGCGAUUGAUGUGUAUCGAAAGGACGGUUGGCCGUAUUCUCAACUUGCGCUUGUUUCCAUUUCCAAUGGUAAUGCUAUGGAUGUUGUUUGGUAUUAUUGUUUGAGCUUGGCAGUUCAAUAUCCUUCCCCUUUAAGUCGACACAAUUUGAAAUCCUUUUAUUCCAGAUUACGAUUCAAUAAGGUGGCAGCUUCAGACAAUAUUGAGUCAUCAAGAUCAACGGAAAACAAUAAAGAAGCUACAGUGACAGAUCAAAUAUCCCUCUUCGUUGAAUCUUUUCUUCAUAUGCAUCGAACAGUGAUGUUUAAUGAUUCAGGUUCAAUUGAAGACUUUCCGAAAAUUUCUGUAGCUUCUCAAUUAGGCCGUAUUCUGUCAAAUAUCAUCUCUUCUUCAACAUCGGCCGCGAAGCAGGAGAAGCAAGAUAUCUUGAGCGGAACAUCAAAUAAUACGGGCGCAUUACUAUCUAUCAUUCGAACAACCUUGACAAGGUGCUUAACUAUUCUUUUAGUCUCUAUCUGGAUUGCUCAAGAACGAGUAAAGGAUCAAUCAAAAUCGAUCCAUCGACCGGUGAUUCAAGCGUCUCAAAUACAUAUGUUCACUUUCUGCUUUCAACUCUUGAUAGGUGUUCUUCAACCUCUUUCUAAACUCUCCGCUAUUAUUAUGGAACAGGAUAACAAUGAGAAGGAAGCUACUGAUUCAGCAAUAGAGCGAAAGAAGAUGUCAUUGAAAUUAAGGAAACUGAGAUCAAAAGUAGAAGAUACAUUAUUGCCUGGGCUUAGUAUUUGGUUUACAUUCAUCCAACAGCAUCUUGCUAUACUUCAACAAUUUAUCACCAGCAGCAGUACGAGCGAUAAUGCGUCGUCUGGUUCGGAGACACUCUCAGCUAGUGAAAUAAGACAUCCGCAUUAUCAUUUGAAAAAGGAGCUAGUUAAGUCAGUGCAAUUACUUCUCGCCUUGAUAAUCCAAAACCCAUCGUUCCCUCAACAAUCGGAUGAACUACAGGAGGAUUAUCCUUCUACUACGUUACCGGUUUCAGAAGAUGUUAUAUUACUUGGGUUAAAACCUUUAGUUUCCUUCCAUCGAACUAUUGACUUUUCCGUUCUUACUGGGUUAUCAGAACAACAACAAUAUAAUCGUGCGCAUGUACGGUGGAGUAGGGUACACGAUGCUGUAAAAAAAAUAGCCAAUGUUUCUUCAUCUUUAGAGAUCAAUAUCCAGUAUACGAACGGUGCCUUUACGAUAUUGAAAGAUGAGCGUGCUGCACGCCAGCAAAAGUUUAUGAAAGCCUUGGCUACUCAGCGUCUGUUAGAACAAGUCUCUUCACUUGAAAAAAAUGUCGACCGCAUGAAGUUAUCCUCUGGCUAUACUGUUACGCGACAAGUGCAUCAACGAAUGGAAGACGCCAACCAAAAAGAACAAGAAGAAAGAAGACCCUUGUCAAAACAGGUCUAUACGUGUGUUGUUGAUGCAACUUGCUUCUUGGAUGCUUUACCUAAAGUGAAACGCUGGGCCCAAUACCACUCACCUUACAUUACGGAGGAAAACGAAAAUACGAUUGUUGAGGUCAUUGUUCCUCUGGAUGUGAUUGAUGUUUUGGACAGACAUAAAAAAGGAACAGCGCAUAUGAAUUUACAAGCGCGUGAAUCCAUCCGUUAUUUAGAUCAAGUCUUGUCUUCAUCUAAGACUCGUAGCUCAAACCAUUUGAGUCUACAGCCUUCUUCUUAUCUUCGAACACAAAAGGUAUCAGAGAAGCUUGAAGAUUGGGGUGCGUCGAAAAAGUUUUGGAUUGGUGAAGACAGUCGGUCCAACAUUGUAGAUGAUUUAUUGCUGUCUACAACCACAGAUGAUGAAGAAGAAGAGGAGCAACAACCGGAAUACGAAACGGAAGACACUGACGAAGAAGGCGAUCAAGCUUCGGAUACAGAAUCAGUAGAAUCUGACAACAGCUUUAUUGUUGGGAGAAGAAGACGGGAAAGUGAUACUGAAGAAGAAGAAGAAGAAGAAGAUAACUCUGAAAACGACUCAGGGUCCGAGAUGGGUACUGUUGAUGAAGAGUACGAUUAUGCAGAAGACUUGGAAGAUGAUGAGGAAGAAGAUAUACUUUACACUUACAAUGAUGUGCCCCUGAAAUAUCGACCCAUUAUCGGUUGCUUACUUUAUUAUUUUAAUCAGCAGCAACAGCAGCAGGAAAUUCCCAAUGCGGAUAAAUUAGUCUUGGUGACAAAUGACGCAGAUCUAGCCUGGUGGGCUGAAUUAUUCGGUAAUCCGAAGACCCGUAAACGUAUUUCUGUCAAAGCAGUAAAUGAAUGGGACAUUUUCGUUAACAAGCUAUAAAUGGAAAGCCUUUACCGAUAACCAACAUUAUUUUCUUCGGUACGUGAUGAGUAUGGGGCUAUAUAAUACGAGAUGAUCGAAAAUCAUGAUCGAAAAACCCGCCCAGUGGUCUUGGUCAAUUGAAUGUUUAGCCAGCAAAGUGAAGAGAAGACAUGCGAAAGAGACGCUUCAAAAAGCAUGAGUUGUAAAACAAAAAAUAAGGAAAAAAUUGUGAUAUAUACACAACACUUCAAUAUAAGUUAGAAUUCUUCCUGUACUAUACGUUCCUAUAUGUAGUGAUCCCUGACACAUUCAAUAAACAUUCAUAUACAAAGAGAAUA